CCCCGAAUAAGGAAUAAAAAUUCUCCACCAAACUCCGCAACACCUCUCUCUCUCUCUCUCUUUCCAUCGUUUUCUCUUCAUAGCUCUCCUCCUCCUUCCCUCAAUCUCCAAAAUUAAUCGAUCUCCGAAGACAAAAACCCAUUUCCAACCACCAUUAGCCGCAUUAAAGAUAAAACUCCAACCCCAAUUGCCCAAUCAAGAAAACCCCCAACAUUUGUUAUUCCUAUCACGCCGGAAUUUUCGGGCGAGGAACUCGCCGGAAUAAGGCCCGAACUGAAACAUGGUUGAUUAGAUAACAGAGGCAUAUACACAUAGAGGGUCUGAGAGAGAAACAGAGAGAUGUAUAAGAACCAGCUUCAAGAGCUGGCGCAGAGGAGCUGCUUCAACCUGCCGUCAUACACUUGCAUAAGGGAAGGUCCGGACCACGCGCCGAGGUUCAAAGCCAUUGUCAAUUUCAACGGCGAGACCUUUGAGAGCCCCAACUAUUGCUCCACUCUCCGGCAAGCUGAGCACGCUGCGGCCGAGGUGGCUCUCAAUUCUCUCUCCAGCCGCGGACCUUCUCACUCUCUCGCCGCCAGAAUUCUCGAUGAGACUGGAGUUUACAAAAACCUCUUACAAGAGAUUUCACAAAGAGUUGGUUCCCCAUUGCCUCGUUACACAACUUUCAGAUUAGGUGUUGGACACCUACCUGUCUUCACUGGAGUAGUAGAACUGGCUGGAAUCACUUUCACUGGGGAACCAGCCAAGAACAAAAAGCAAGCUGAGAAAAAUGCAGCCCUGGCAGCUUGGUCAUCUCUGAAACAAAUGGCACAAAAAGAUGCUAGUGCAUCAUCAGAAUCAGAGAACAACGAUGAGCAGGAACAGAUCAGAAUAGCACGUGCUUUGUUGAAUUAUUGUUUGAAAGAAAAGAUUAGAAUGAGUAACUCAGCCGAUGCCCCAGUACCAUUUCAACUAAAAUUUCCAACUCCGCACCCAAGACCAACUAGUCCACAACCUUCAUCAGUGGCCAUGUCCAAGAUCCUCCCCUUAAUCUGCCAGAAGACUGGUCCACGAAACAGACCCACAACUACAACAAGAAAUGAAAGACCUGUUACAUUGUCAGAGCAUAUGUCACCAGUGCAGCCUCCAGUUCCAGAAGUCCGUGCAAUUCGCCCUCAUAGGUUCCCUGCAGCAGCGGCAGCUCCUUACGUUCCUGUCCAGCAUUGUAGGACACCUUACCAGGGGAUUGCACCACCAGUUACAGUUAGAACAGCAGUCCCAGUUUUCUCUGCACCACCACAUUCUAUGCAGUCCCCUCAAGUGAUGCAGCCCCGACCUGAGCGAAUUGCCCCACCUGUCUGUAUUAGGCAGGCUGUGCCAGUUUUUGCUCGUCCACCUGUUCAUAAGGGAGAGCUUCCAACUGCCAUAGCUCCUGCUCUGCCAAACAAAUCACCAGCUGAGUUUAAGGAAACUGGUACCAACUCUGAAAAUAGCCUGUGUGAAUCAGAAGCAGUAAAGGCAUUGGAACAACUCAAAAUUUAAUGAUGAUUGGGAAGUAUUUGAAUCCGUAAAAAGGACUAUGAUGGUAUUGUGUUGAUUUUCAGUUUGUUUUGUACGCUUUCUUAGUCUUAUCAUGAGUGCCUUUUUUUCUUUUGUUGUUGGUCACCAUUUCCUUACUGUUUUCUUAAAGAUUACCAUUACUGCAUAUAAAAUUGAUCUAUAGCAGACGUAUAUUUUUGCAAUUCAACAGUGGUUUUGACUCCCAGUAUUUGAGGAUGAUAGUUUCUUUCUUUCAUUUUUCUGGGUCUAUCGUCUUCGCCGGGUGAUGCUGGACUUUCAGCUUUGUUCCACAUCUUAAUGAUAAUGCCCAAUUUUUCAG